AUGACUACUGCUAAUGGUCACCAAUCAUCUUCUAACUGUUCUAAGAAGUCUUAUUCCCGAGUGCUUUUUGACCAGGAGAAUGUAAGCUCAGAGCUGUGUCAUCAGCAACGCUCACUCAGUAGAUUAUCAGGAAGUAAACAGAAAUGUGAAUCAACUGGCAGCAUCCCACUUCUUAGCUGUUCUUGGCAACCAGCACGAUCAUUGCUUUAUGGACGGCAUAGUACUUCAAGUAUCCCUAACCUUUCCCCUGUUGAAACAUUGGAUAAACAUGGGCGAAAACGAUAUAGUACAAUAUCAGGUGCAUGGCCAAUGCCUGAUGAUGAACGAGUAAAACAAGCUGUCCGUUUAGUAUUGCUGCUCCUACCUCCAGCCAAUAGACGCAAGCUCCACCUUUUGCUACGGUUCCUUAAUAAAGUGAAAGCAAAUACUGAAUUGCAACUUGCUGAUAAUCCAGAUGCUUUACAGACUUUACUUAUUGAUACAUUCUAUCAAGCGAUCAUCUGCAGUCCUGAUUCCUCAGACAUGGACAUUAACCUUGCUAAACAUCUGGUUUUAUACUUGAUUGAGAAUCAUGACAUUGUGAUGCAAGUUCCUUCUGACCUGCGCAGCCAGGUGGAGGAUCGUCUUUCUCAAUUGCAGCGUGUACAGGUUGUGUAUACAUCAGAUGACAAAGGAGCCACAACAUACUGUAAGCAGGUACCAGUGGCAGUUUAUGAAAAGGAAGCUAUUCGGCAUUCAACAGACGCUCUUGGAGAUUUGCUGAAGAGUAUUGUUGCUGAUGAGAAAAUGAACCAGAAGGAAAAGACAAAGAAAUUACGAGAGUUUCAGCGGCUCUACCCACAGAUCUAUGAGAAAGAGUUUGGAAGUGAAUCUGGACCUAUUCAACCUUCUCAACGAAAACCAUCACGGAAUGUCCACUUGCCCAGACCUCUAAGACGACUGCGGACACUGCGAGCUUAA